UGAAGAACAAGCUGUAAAAUGGCAACCAGAAAAGAGGUGUGUGAUCUCACCAAUGAACUGACCUGCUCCAUCUGCCUGGAGAUGUUCACCGACCCAGUGUUUCUGGACUGUGAGCAUCAUUACUGCAGGUCAUGCAUCUCCCAGAGCUGGGAGAAGACAUUAGGAAAUGUUUCCUGCCCUGAGUGUCGGCAGGUCUUCAGCCAGAGGAACAUCAGGCCAGCCCGGACCCUGGCAAGCAUUGUGGAGAAGUUCAGAGAGCUGAAGGCAAAGAUUACAGAGCAAGAGGAAGGGGCUUACUGUAAGGAGCAUGAGGAGAAGCUGAAACUGUUCUGUGAAGUGGAGAAGGAAAUGAUCUGUGUGAACUGUUGGAAUUCAGACCAUAAAAUGCAUGAUGUGACUAUUUUAAAAGAAGCUGCCCAGAGAAACAAGGAAGAACUCCAAACAUAUUUGGAUUGGUUGGAUUGCGAAGUUAAGAACAUAACUGAAAAUAAAGAGAGUCAAGAGGCAAAAAUGGAACAACUGAAGGUACAAUCGGACCAGCUGAUGGACACAAUUCAAAAAGAGUUUGAGAAGAUGCACAACUUCUUGAAUGAGCAGGAAGAGAUCAUGAGAAUCAAACUGAGACAGGAGGCGGACAAUAUGUUAAAAAAAUUGGAAGAUUACAUUGGAGCGCUUAACGAUAGAGUCUUGACCAAUGAGCAGCUCAUCUCAGAGCUACAAACGCGACUAAAAGUAACUGACACUGCAGAAUUUCUCAAGGAUGUUAAGGGCUUUCUCACCAGAUAUGCAGACCGAGCUGAGCUGCCAGAAGAGACUGAUGUUGAAAUGACCAUGGAAAUCUUCGGCGAGCCCUUCCAAUUUUUCAGAGUUUGGAAGGGAAUGAGGAGAAUAAUCGAGCCAGUUCCAGAGUCUCUCACCUUGGACCCAAAUACAGCAAAUAGUCAACUGAUCAUUUCCGAGGAUCUGAGGAGUGUGCGGCACAGUAGUGAAGAGCAGGAUGAAGAGGAAGAUCUUCCUGAUCCACUGGAACGAUUUGAUGAAUACUUGUACGUUUUGAGCUCACAGGGUUUCACAUCAGGGAUUCACUAUUGGGAGGUAGAUCUUAGAAACAAGGUCCAGUGGGUUAUAGGUGUCUGUGGAGAGUCUUCCGGGAGGAAGGGAGCCUUCCUACCUUUAACUACAGAAGGAUAUUGGGUUGUGAGUUUGUUUAAUGAGAAUGAUUACAGAGCAUCAACUGUGGAAAGUACCACCAUUCCUGUUAAAGUGAAGCCUUGGAAGCUGGGCAUUUACCUGGACUAUGAGGGAGGAGAGCUGACAUUUUACAAUGCAGAUAACAUGUCUCACCUGUACACUUUCAUUGACACAUUCAUUGAGAAACUCUUUCCCAUCUUUAGUCCCUGUAAUAACCUAACUGGUAAAAAUGGUGAAUCACUCACACUGCUCACUGGUUAACAAAUCUCUGCUUUGCUCCCUUCUGUGUACAAGAGGAGAAAUCUUGGGGUUGCUGGGAAAAACGAAUUGCAUCAGUUAAGCCAUUCUACUCUCUUAAAAAUUAAAUCAGUCAGGUGGGGCACUAUAACAGAGUCAAAAUCAAAUAGUCAAUAGAAACAUUCAGAACUGGAAUGAAAACUUAACAAAAUGUUGCUAUUCGGGGUGAUGAUACACCGCAGCCUCUGCAGUGCCCAUUGGUCUUGAAAGGCCUCUCUUGUGCCAGUGGGUACUGCCUGGGCCCUGCUGAUGUCCACCUUCACUAGCCUUUAGUACUUUGUUGCAACUGAUUGGCUCUGUUGGCAGUUAUCCAACCUACGCUCCGUCCAAUCGAUAUUCAAUCUCAUUGACUUCAAUAGCAAUAUCUGGAGCUGAAUUUUCAGUUGAGGUUGGGACCAUUUUGAAGAUGGUUUAGGCUCAUAAUGUGGUAGCACUACAAUCCUGAAGGUCAGGAUUGGAUGGUGGGCUGUUGCCAAGUUGUAGGUAGUCAGCCAUCUGCAAUCCAAUGUGCUUCAGGGGCCAAUUAAGACCUGGUUCCCACACCAACAGGGAUAUCCAAUUGGCAUUGUAGGCAGCCCACAGGAACAGUGCAGACCAGGGCAGGUAGGUGGGAGAAGGGUCACCCCUCCAGGAUCAUGCUCUGACCUUCUCCCUCCUUGUCUCUACCUUUAGACCAGCUGUUCACAGAGCUCAGCUGGUGGGUCUGUC